CAGCUCUGGUGAGAGUGAGAGAGCGGGAGAGGGGAGGCUAUCUGGCAUAUUUGGCAGGAGAGGGAAGAAAGAAAGGAAGGAGGGAGGGCUGUUUUUGUGUGUGUGUGAAAUGAGAGAGAGCGAGAGAGGGAGGGGGGUGUACUGAGCUGAGAGAAAUCUGUCAGAUUCAAACACACUGCUCUCUCUGUGUGUGUGAUAGAGAGAACGAGUGAUGAGAGGAGAGGAGGAGAACUGACGAACAGAAAGAGAGACACAGAGGACAACAAAGUGAGGCCAGCUCACCUAUGGAUCAGCAUUCAUAUCAGCAGACCAGGGGAUUCCUUGAACAUAUCGACCCGACUGACAUCCCCGCAGAGAGCAGCCGAUCAACGCUGACACCGAUGCUUCGCACGCAGCUCUAGAGCAUCAAGGCCAAAGGGGGUCAGGGGUGAAGGGUUACGGACUACAGAGCCGGAGCCGGCGCUGAGGUUGAAAGGUUCCAGGAGGGGCAGACUGAGGCUAAAAGAAGAAUCAGGGUUCAGGAAGAAAGAUCUCUGUGACAGACGAGCGCCAAGGGUCCAAAGAUGAUGACAUCACACGUAAAGCUGAGGAAGGAGAAGGGGAGUUUGGCAGAGUACGAAUCACAGAUGAAAGACUUGCGUGCCCAGCUGACGGACCAGAUAAAGAUUUUGGACUCUCAGGUGGAGGUGAAACAGCAGCAGCUCUCAGACCUCUCUGAGUUUCUCCGGCGUCGAGGCGACAUCGAGGCUGAAUAUGCACGUGCCCUCGACAAACUCACAGAGAGAUUCACCCACAAGACCAAGAAGAAGGAGCAGUGGGGUCAGUCUGUGUGUCAGGUCUGGUCUGUCUUGCUGACUCAGACUCGACUGGAGAGCCGGGAACACGCAGCACUGGGCGACACCUGCUGCAACACACUCACACAGCGAUUGGCACACAGCACGGAGGACACACACCGCCUGCACAAACGGAGUAAAGAAGUCGGUAUCCAGAUGCAGGACGAGUUGUUAAAGGUCACCACUGAGCUGCAGAUGGCUAUGAAGACGUAUAACCAGUACCACACAGACUGUCUGAUAGCCGAGGGGAAAUUGAAGGAAGCCGAGCGGUUGGAGGAGAGACACACCGGCAAGUCAGCUGAGCUCGGCCUCGGCCAAUCAGGAGGACAGAGACGGAGUUCUGUCAAGAAGAUGGAGAGAUUAAUGGAGAAAAGGCAUGGCAGGGUGCAGGAGAACCAGCUGAAGUGUACCAAGGCUCGUAAUGACUACCUGCUGAAUCUAGCAGCAGCUAAUGCAGCCAUGAACAAGUACUACCUGCAGGAUGUCAGCACUCUCAUCGACUGCUGUGACCUGGGUUUCCAUCUGUCUUUGGAGAGGAUGAUGAGGUGCUACCUUGCCAGUAGGUGGCGUAUCCAGAAGACCGAGGAGACGGGGCUCAGGCAGCUGGAGGCCGCAGUCACAUCGCUGGAUCAGGGUGGAGACAGAGACGGGUUGCUACAGCAACAUGACUCCGCCUUCUGCCUUCCAUUCAGAUUCAACUACCAUCCACAUGAGGGAGACCAGGUGUGUGAGGUGAGCGCAGAGAGCCAGGUGAGGUACGAGAUGGAGACCAGGUUUCAACAGAUUCAGUCCCGACUCGCUGCUGUUACCUUGGAAACAGAGGAGGUUAGUAAAACGCUGAAAGCCACACUCACCGCCCUGCUGGACACCAUGUGUGACAGCGACAGUAACCCCUCCCCAGACGUUCCCAGCAGCCUAUCACAUGAGCCCCCCGGAGGAAACACCGCCCAAAAACUUACCCUCGCCAAGCGUCGAGCCAAUCAGCAGGACACAGAGAUCUACUAUUUUACAAAAGUAAAAGAGUUCCUCACCAGCAGUUCUCUGACCUUCAAACUUCAAGCCAAACAUGACCUUCUACAAGAUGCCAUACAGAAAGCCGAGGCUGUGGACAGUGACCCUUCCAGAACGCUAUGUGCUCGGUCAGUGCGUGUUCGGAAGUCCAGACCUGUUUCCCAAUUCUGCCACACACUCUUCACCACAGACAUAAUCUCCUACAUACAGAGCUCUGGGCAGCAGAUUCCUGUGGUGGUUGAAAGCUGCAUCCGUUUUAUAAACCUUCACGGCCUCCACCAUGAAGGUAUAUUCAGAGUUCCUGGGUCGCAAAGGGAAGUGAACCUCAUCCGAGAUGCAUUUGAGAGAGGAGACGAUCCUCUGUCUGACAGCGAGUGUGACCUGGACUCCGUGGCUGGCGUGUUGAAGCUUUACUUUAGGGGCCUGGAGCCUCCUCUCUUCCCUUAUGACAGCUACUCUCAGCUGCUGGAGUGUGUCCAAAUUGAGGGGGUGACGGAGAGAGCGGCGCAGAUUAAGGCGAUUGUUUCCACAUUCCCACGGCCUCUCCUCAUCGUGAUGCGUUACCUCUUCGCUUUCCUCAAUCAUGUGUCUCAGUACAGUGAUGAAAACAUGAUGCAGCCCUACAACUUGGCCGUUUGCUUCGGUCCGAGUCUGCUGAGGGGGCUGGAAUCUGAUGACGCUGUUGCUAGGCAGCCACAGGUUAAUGAUCUGGUCAAAACCAUGAUCCUCCAACAUGACGUCAUUUACCCCGGCCAAUCAGAACUGCCGGGCCCAGUCUACGAGAAGCACAUGACUCUGGAGCAAGAGUACUGUGAGCCAAUCACAGAGGAGGGAGACGGAGAGACUGAGCAUCUGCCCAGUGAAGACGAGUGGGAGGCAGUGGCUAUGUUCGACUACGUGGCGAGAUCUCCUGCAGAGCUCUCCUUCAAGCUGGGAGAGCUUCUCAUCCUUCACAGCAAGGCUUCAUGUGAUUGGUGGAGAGGAGAAGUUGGAGGAGUUAAGGGACUCAUCCCUCACAAGUACAUCAGCGUGCUGGAUGGGUCAGAGCGAGGGAAAAGAGACGAAGGAGGAGGAGGAGGAGGCAGCACUGGAAACCUGACAGUAGAAGAUCCACAGAUGGAGAACACAACUCGGAUGCGGGUGAACAGCGACAGCGCUUCGUUGCCUGGGAGACAGAGAGGAAGUGAGGGCAGCCCCAAUCGAAAGCCACCAACUUCUCCUGCCACUCGACACCUGCCAGUGUCCCAGGAGCGAAGACACACUUUGGACACUGUGAGACAGGCCGGCUUCAGACCCCCAGACAGACCUCCUUUUGCUCCAGCAGAAAGAGCAACAGUCGACAAGGAUAUGAUCAGCCGUCAGAUGAACUCUGUGUUCAAGGAGCUUCUGUCUCGCCAGCCUUCUGUGCAGCAGUCAGCCCUCGCCCCCCCAGCAGCUACAGCUCCCUCUCCUGCCUCUUCCGCUUCCUCUCUGCCUCAAGCCGGCCCCAGUGCCAAAAAAGUGGGAUUUGGCCUCAGAGGACGGACCCUUUUCAGGCCGGUGGACUAAGAGAGAGGAGAGGGUGAAUGGAAUAAUUAUUGUUUAAAAAUGAUUAUUAUGCUGAUGCUGAUGAUACAUUUGGUGAAAAUCUUGAAUUAUUUUAUUUUGACAGGUGUAUAAUAUUCGCGUCUCUGCCAUCUCAUAGUGCCACUAGUCUCGGUGCCGUGUUACUGUAUGUCCAGUGUGUCUGUUUUUCAGCUGGUUUUUGGUUUAUGUUGUCGUCUGGUUUUGUUCUCAAAGCUUUUUGCCAUUUUGGGAGAAUCAGGGAUUGACAUCAGCAGAGAAACUACCAGACUGACUUUUUUAAGUGAUUGCCAUAAAAAAAAAUCCUCAAAAAAAGACUGACACUGCCCCUUAGUGGCAGAUCUGAGAUUAGCUCACCCUUACAGUGUUCGGUUUAUCUUCAAGAAAGAACUCAUCUGGGGCCUGAGUGCCUUUACAUCUUUUGCUUUUAACAUUAUUUUACUUGAAAAGUUUUGACAGGUUUGCAUUUUGUUUAAAAAAUAAUUUGAUCUGUUUAUGUAACUACACAAAGUUGUCAAUAUUAAAUUGUGAAAUUAUGACCAAAACUCAUAAAUUGCCUAAAUUAGGUGAAAUACAAUAUCAACCUUUAAUUAGCAAAACAGCUAAAUCCCCACUUGUUUUACAUGUUUGCUACAUUAUUUAUAACUGAAUUUUAUUUUGUUUUAUUUUUAUUUUUUUAUUAGAAAAUUCCCUUUCUCAAAUGUCUGUUUUUUUAUUUCACACAAUUUGUUUACUAUCACUUCUCAUGCCAGCUGUGAGCAAGUUCAACAACUGCUAACAUUAGCCAGUUAGCUCCUGUUAGCUUAUGCAACAAACCCGUCAGUUAUUUUUAAUUAAGUAUACUAAACAUAAACACCAUGCAGCAGCAGUAAAGCUUUUAGUAAUUUUUAAAGCCUUAGCUUGACAAGGCUGCUCAUGCUUCCUACCUAACUUGUUAUAGCUAGCCAGGCUAACAAGCUAACCGAGUUAACUAAAAGAACUCAACUCUCUGAGCUAGUUUUAGCUAUCGGGGUAGCAGUUGCAGUUGUGACGCCAUAAAAAUUAAAAAAGGUGUUCGUUUUUUGCCAAUUCACAGUAGCAGAUAGAUAGUUUAGCCACUUUUAUGUGACAUAAUUGUUGUCUAGCUUGCAGGAGUUAGCAGGCUAAUUAGCAAAGUUGUUGAACUUGUGACCUUAUGCAGGGGGCAUUUGAUUAGCUUAAAGGUGAGAGGGCACAAAAAGAUAACGGAAAGUGACAAAAAAGUGAAACGCUUUCAUAAACAAAAAUCUUAUUUAAUUUAUUAAUUUUAAAUAAAUGAAGAUAAAACAUUUUGAAGUAAAUUCAUUUUUUCCUCCUGUAAUUUCUUGCAUCAUGUCAGAAAUUGUUUCAUUUAGGCAAUUUAUUUAUGUGAAUAUUCAUUUCACAUGUUUUUAAUAAUGAUCAUUUUGGGUCACAGAUGUUUGCUGGGAAAAUGUAAGCAGUGAAGUUAGUACUUUAUAACGGCAUGCAGUAUUCUCACACACACACACACACACACACACACACACACACACACACACACACACACACAUACACACACAUAAAGAUGGAAAACACAUUCCCCUUCAUAUGUGAUACGAGGCCCAAUAUGCAGGCCAAAACUCAGGGCUUUUGCUAGAGUUAGAGAAAGGCUAGCUCAGGUUUGGUUUCGAAGGAAUAAGUAAGAGUUUCUCACUCAGGGCUUUGGUUUACUGACUCUUCAACUGGAAACUGUGCCCUAGCCUCAAGAGCCAAAAUGGCCCCCAUUUCAGAGAGGAAACAGUGACUUCCUCUGCUUUAAACUGUGAAAACGACGUUGACAUUUCGGAGCCACGUUCAAAACUCUUGUCUCUUUCAUCCGCACAUUUUGGCCCCCCUGACUUUCUCUCGCAUUGUGCACGGGUCUCAUUCAAACAUGCGUUUCAGGAUUUUUGCAGUGAGGUGUAAAAUUACUUUGACUCCAAAAGCUUUUGAAAAGUUUACAUUCAUAUCAUCUCCCCUCUGUCGUGUUUCAGUAUUGGCAUCAUGGGAGUUGAAUCCUUUUUUCUUUCUUUUUUUCAUUAAUUCUGCUUUGAUGAUUUAACACCCCGUUAUUCUGGAUCACUGUUUGAUGAUGUCACUAAAUUUACUGUGUCCAACUGUAUAUGUGGUUAACAAAAAUAUGAAUACAAUAAAGAUGAUAAAGUGAUGAAUGAUUAAA